UGAUGAAGUGUUGCGAUGAAGGCGAGGCUGCAGAUGUGCGACGGAGGGUCCGGGGCCGCCAUUAGUAGCCGCUUGUCAGUGGACAACGCCAUUGUGAGAUGUGAAAUGGAUGACAAUGUGUGGAGCGCUCCAGAGAAAGAGCUGCAUCCUCAGGCUCUUUACCCGUGGAGAAAUCAAGGCAAGGGCGUCGUCAGAGUGAAGAGGGACUGGAUCAUUCCUCCAAUCAGGGUGUCGGAGAACAGCAAGCAGGUUCCUGAAGCUCUGGUCCAGAUCAAAUCCGACAAGAUCUUCACGGGCGAGGUGAUAUACAAGUUAGAGGGGCCCGGGGUGGACAAGGAGCCCAAGAACCUGUUUGAGAUCGAUGAUAAAACGGGAGUGAUCAGGAGCAAGAGGCCGCUGGACCGGGAGAAACACAGCAGCUUCACGCUCACUGCCUUCGCUCUGUCGCCCAGCGGACAGAGGCUGGAGAAUCCAACCACCAUAGAGAUACUGGUGCUGGAUCAGAACGACAACAGACCCGUCUUCACUCAGACCCAGUUCACUGGUUCAGUGCCCGAGUUCUCGAUCCCAGGCACCUCUGUGAUGUCGGUGUCGGCCAGAGACGCGGACGACCCGAUGACGGAAAACGCCGCUCUGAGCUACUCCAUCGUCGGCCAGGAGAGCGACCCGGCCAGCGCCGUUACCAAAACCAUGUUCGGUAUCAACAACGAGACGGGAGCCAUCUACACGAGAGAUGUCGGCCUGGAUCGAGAAGUGGUGAAGAGCUUCAGGUUAAAACUACAGGUUGCUGAUAUGGCGGGAAUGGGACUAACGAGUGAAGGUGUGGCAAUAAUACAUGUGACUGACAUCAACAACCACGCGCCACAGUUCAGCCCUGAAUCCUACAGCAUGACGGCAGUGGAGAACAGGAAAGGCUACGAGAUCGGCCGAGUGAACGUGACGGACCGAGACGACCGCGGAACCAGGAACUGGGAGGCCAGAUACUCCAUCUCCAACGACCCGCACGGACACUUCGCCAUCAGCACCGACCCGGCCACCAACCAGGGCGUCCUGGCGGUGGUGAAGCCUCUAGACUACGAAACGCAGAGCGAGCACAUCCUGGUUUUGACCGCGGAAAACGUCAGCCCCCUGAGCGACAAGGCUCCCAACCUCCCGCUGAGCAGCGCCACGGUGACGGUCGCCGUCGCCAACGAGAACGAAGCCCCACAUUUCAGAGAGGACCCCAUCCUGAUCGUGGUCCCCGAGUCUGUGUCUCCCGGCACGUUGCUGAAGAGCAACAUCGCCUUCGAUCCUGAUCACUCUGACCUGAGGUUUGAGAUGAGCAGAGAUCCGGAGAGGUGGCUGAACAUCGACAGAGGAACGGGAGAUAUCACAGCGAGGAGAACCUUCAACAUGCGGUCGCCACACGUGAAGAACAACAUCUACAGCGCUGUCGUCAAGGCCACAGACGCCGGCGGUGUGUCGACCACGGCCACGGUGGCCAUCACCCUGAAGGAGACCAACGACUUCCCGCCCCUCCUCUUCCCCCUGAGCGGCUCCGUCUGCUCCGACAACAGCCGCAGGAGUUCCGGUCUGGUCGUGACGGCCGUGGAUGAUGACCUCCCUCCGCACGCCGCCCCCUUUUUCUUCGAAGUCAGCGACGAGCUGUCGAUCAACUGGACGUUUAUCCAGCUGAACAACACUCACGCCGUGCUUCAGUCGGUCGUGGAGCAGGAACCCGGAGAGUACGCGGUCACGGUGCUGGUGUCGGACUCCGGCAGCCCGUCUCUGGCCGCGUACGCUCAGGUCAACGUCACCGUGUGCGUCUGCGACUCCUUCGGGGACUGUAAGUCUGAGGCGGGGGCCGUGUUCGGCUCCAGUGUGGGAAUCAGCUUCAUCGCUGUCGUCAUCAUCAUGGCCAGCGUCGCACUCCUGCUGUUGCUGCUCCUCCUGACGGUGGCGGUGACCACCUGUGGGAGGCGCCAUCAUAUCAAGAAAGGAACAGGUCUGCUGGUCGGGGAGUCGGAGGACGACAUACGGGACAAUGUCUUCAACUACGACGAGCAGGGAGGCGGUGAGGAGGACGAGAACGCCUUUAACAUCGACCUGCUGUGGAAUCCCCUCGAUGCCCCGUCCACCCCGGCGUCCUUCUACCCAGGAUCUGGUGUCCCUCGAGGCAAACAGCCCCUCAGGAAGGACGCCCCACACAACCUGCCCUCCCCCAUCUACCCACGGAGGCCUCCGGCGGAUCCCACCGACAUCGAGGAUUACAUCAAUGACGGCCUGGACGCCGCAGACAACGACCCCAACGUCCCUCCGUACGACACCGCCCUGAUCUACGACUACGAAGGGGAGGGCUCGCUGGCGGGGAGCCUCAGCUCCAUCGCCUCGUGCAGCUCCGACGGAGACCAGGACUACGACUACCUCAACGACUGGGGACCACGCUUCAAGAAACUGGCCAACAUGUACGACCCACGUUAAGGCAUUUACCGAGAGCUUAGUCCAGGACGAGACACGUAACCAACGGGCCUUAAAUGCGCCUUUUUUUUUAUUGAGGAUCAUUUGGACACAAGUGACAAAACGGCUCAGGAAAAGUAAGCGAGACGGGAAAAAAUUCAUGCGAUCAGCCUCUAGAUAAAGAGCUGUCCAUGCCGCGGAGCGUAACGCGUGUUGAAUUGUGUGUGUGUGUGUCGACGUCUGGUGUCUCAGACUUUGAAGGCUCAGAAAUGACGCAUACGCAACAAGGGAAGAAAACUUUUCAGUGUAUUUCUCUUUUUUUUUAUUAUUAUUAUUAUUAUUAUAUUUUAUAAGAUGAAUAUUGCUUUGAUAUGAAUUGUGUUUUUCUUUUCUGAUCACAAAUCCUCCAUUCCAGCCUCUAUUCAUGUUUUUUUUUUUUUUGGAAACACAGAACAGACUUUAUUAUCACAUUAUUCUGUAACUUUUCUGUUGGAGGUGAACAACUGUCUUUUUUUUUCUAAUAUGUUGACUGAAUUUUGAUUUUACUGGCGUCCAGAGAAUAAAUGAAAAUCUUUUA